CAGCCGCCGCCCCGUCCAUGUUCUGAUCGGCUUCGCUACCCUCGUCGCGCCGCGCGCCGCCGCCGCCGCCCUGCGCUGUCCGCUGCAUCUCCGGCUCGCCGCGUGGUACGCCUCCGGUCCCGCGUGCUCUCCGAGAAAUGUGUAGAGCGCUAUUCAGUACUGAUGUUUAUUGGAGCCUAGCAUUGCUGGGGCAUAUUAAGGUCUACCUUCACUCAGGGACAAUCCUUUCCGGCUUCGGGUUCCUGCCUCAGUGUAAGAAACCAGUGAGAAUGGUCGUCCCUCCACCAGACAGGGCCGCUAGGAUCGUCGGUUUUCUCAAGCCCUACCUUUUGAGGAUGCAUUUCUCGAACAAGUAUGUAACCGCCCAGGUCAUCCAUACCCCAACAGCAACCGUCGCGUGUUCUGCAAGCUCGCAGGAGAAGCUGCUGAGACCGAACUUGGAGUCGACCCGUGACGUCUCUGCCGCGGCAAAGAUUGGGAAGCUGCUGGGCGAGCGCCUGCUGCUCAAAGGGAUACCUGCCGUGUCCAUCCACAUGAAGAGAGAGCAGAAGUACCACGGGAAAGUCAAGGCCGUUAUUGAUUCCGUCAGAGAAUCUGGUGUGAAGCUGUUGUGAUGGUGAAAACGUAGAGCUCGUCUUAGCAUUUGCGCAGUUUUGAGCUGUAUUUCUGAUGUUUGGACUGAUUCACAGCAACUUCUCUGUUCAUGAAUUUGGCGCUAAACGAACGUUUGUCCGGGACUCCAGGUCAAUAAAGGGACUCUGUUGUAGGAGCUCGAACUGAUAAUCUGCAGUAGCACUUUUUAUUUUUUGAAACAAAUCUGCAGUAGCACUUGAUGACUCGAGGAUAAACAGCCUGUUAUGUUUCUCCUCUCCGAAAUGUAACGGAGAUUAUUGGGCUGGAGA